UCGACGGGAGAAAUCUCGUGUUUAUUAGGAAUUUGGGUGGCUGAAAAAUGGGAGAAUACUCACAAAGGACGCCGACAUUUUCAAAUUAUCUAAGAGAUUCAUUUCGUAUUGCCGCCCGCCCGUCUCCGCAGAAACCUCCUUAUCCGAGCAGCUCAUAUCACUCUCAGACAGCGGGACGCGUUUAUGGCACCGCCGGGCAGUUAUUUUGGUGAUGACACCAUAUUAACGAAAAGAUUAAUUAAAAAAAUACAGUGUGGCUUUACCUUUUUUACCGACCAUAGGGUUAGUGGUUGUGUCGGGAAGGGCAUCCGACGUGUAAUUUUGCCAAAUCAUUAUGCGGGUUGGGAAGACCGCCAUCGGUGCUGUGCCCUUACUGGGUACCGAUGGAAACUAUCAAAUCCGAUGUGGCGACCCCUGGGAAACGGGGAACAAGCCAAGAGAAGAAGAUAUAUAGUGUAGCGUUCAAUUUUGCCUCCCUUACGUGUCGUUGCCUAGCGACAUUUGUAAAUAAAAGCUGCACGUUCCUUACGCACCGGGGUUCGCGACCAAAUGUGUUUGGAGACCAGCGGGAGAUGGAUAACCAGUUGAGGAGCGGGUGCUCAAUUACCUACACAUUCAUAGAGCGGAGAGGUUUGAGCAAAUGCUGUUUUGUAAAAGCUGCUUUACCCUGGAUCCUGGAACUCCUCACCACCCACUUCAGAUAUACACGGGGCUCUGUCAAUGACGGCUACGUCCAGUCUCUGAGAGCUCUCAUCCUCAACAUCUACUCUCAGAGAUGUGUGCCUCAGAUUAAUGAGGAGGUGGAGGAUAAACCAGAGAAUUUUGAGAUCUCCCUCAAAGAGUCCCCCUCGGAGGCACUGCGAAAGGCUCUGGAAGUCUUGUCCGUGUAUUGGGAGCUGGUGACGACUAGCGACACACCGGUAGACUGGAGCUGCCAGAGGGAAUACACAGAAGCCUUUGGGUUCACGACAGAACUCUCCACAAACCUACCCAUAGAGCACCAAGCUACAGACAGAACUGAAAAUUUCUCCGCGAAAGCCUCUCAAAGGAGUCCAGAAAGAGAUGUUUACAAGCUCGGUUUCAUAAUCACUUCCAUCUGUGGAGGACUGCUGUUCAUGUUCACUCUCUACUGUCUCAUCACACAAAAGAGCAACCAUUUUCAUCACAGAUCAAGUUCGUACAUGAACUCAAGAUUAAACAGAGACACGCAGGACGUAGAAGCAGAGGGACAGUAAUGCACUAAAGAGCACAUCACUGCAGCAGUAUGAAGCACACGUGAAGCUGGACAUUUUAUCCAUCAUUAGUGACACAAGAGUUUUCCCGUUCAUAUCAUAAUUUGAUGUUUUAUAUUCAACUAUUUAAUCUAAAGCUUGGCUAUGAGUGAAGACAGAGUAUCAUAUUAUUUGAGACAAUCUAAUCUGCUGUGUAUAUUAUGUGUAUGCCAUAUCCAUUGCAGAUAUCUCUUCAAAUUAACUAAAAGUUUUAUUUUUACAAUAGCUAUGUGUAUGUUGAAUGAUGUGUCUCUAUUUACUAUAUGAUCUAAGCCACACAAGUUAUUUAUUAAUUUCACUAUAUUCUAUCAUAUAAUUGAUAAUAAAACUUAAACUAUCAGUACUUCGUAUGCACAACAUGUUUUCUCUACCAAUGUUCUUACGAGGGUAACGUGUAAACAUUAUAUAUGUAAUGAGAAAAAAUCAAACAAAACCCAGAGCAGUUCAUGAGCUCAUUAAAGAAGCCAAGGUGCUUUAUAACCCAUUUUUACUUUAUUCACCACUUUUAUGAGGAACAGAAAGAUUCACUUAUCCUCACUGAUUUUGCAUUGUCCACGUCCAACCAAACCCACCUAUGGCCAAUGGCCGUCCACGCAGUCAAUGCACCACCAGAACUUAAAGGUUUGCUUCAACUACUGCAUGAUUUUUCCAGGGGUUUUUUUCAAGUAAAAACACAAA